AAAUUGAUAUUCCCCUUUCUGUAAAGGGUAAAAGUGGAAACUUAUUAAUUGCAAAUAAAACCUUUGGAUUUCUUGGAAUAAGAACCUGUUCCGCUCUGGCCUCUUCUUUUCUACUUCAAAAUUGCGGCAACGAUUUUACAAGCAGGCCAUCCAACCCUAAACCCCAAAAUCCACCAUAUAUAUACAUAUAUAAUGUGUAUAUACAUAAACCCACUAGCUUUAUUUGGUUAAAAAUUGGAUCUUUUAGGAGCUUUUUGUAGUUUUUUGUUUAACGAAUAGUUUAUAUUGGAUCUUUUUUAUCUGGGAAUACAUAUAUAUGUGUAUUUUCACCCACCCACUAGCUCUAUUUAGCUCAAAAUUGGAUCUUUUUAAUUUGGAAAUUUUGUAUUUUUUUGUUAAGUGAUAGUUUGGAUUGGAGCUCUUUAUCUGGCUAUACAUAUAGAGGUGCAUAUUCACACACCGCUAGCCCUAUUUGGCUAAAAAUUGCAUCUUUUUUUCUGUUGGAAAUUUUUGUAUUUCUUGUUAGGGAUAAUGUGUAUUGGAUUCUUGAUUAGAAUUCAAAUAUAAAGAAUGGAGGAGUCAGAAAAGAGAAAGGAGAGGCUGAAAGCAAUUAGAGAGGAAGCUGCAGAGGCUGUAGAUAACUCUGAAGUACAAAAAUCUAUAGGGGAACCCCUUGGUGAUGGCCUUAUCAAUCCAUUGAUUGAAUCUCCUUCAGCUUCACAACCGUGUAACACGCCUCGUCCAAGACCAACGAAUGCCGGUUCUCCAGCAUAUCAUGUUCAAGGCAACUAUAACUCAGCGAAAAAAACAUACCAGCCACGAGGAGUCAAUGCCAUUCCUCUUGGGAUCCGUAGGAAAACUAGUCCCAUCUGUACACCAAUGAGUAACUCCUCUAACACUUUGGAUAGCUCUCUUGGCACACCUAACAACUACUCUCCACCUAAUUCACCGCAAAUUGGUGACAUUUCCAGUGAUUGCUUUCCUCAAGGAGGUGGAGACGGUAGCCAAUAUUGACAAGGCAGCCCCUACCAAGGUUCAGGAUUCAGAGGCAGCCGUCACCGAGGUUCAGGACGAAGCAAGGGUCUAUUGAAAGUUUACUAUCACAAGUCAAUGGUGCAAGACCCAUGGAAAGUAUUGAAACCAGUUAUUUGGAAGCCACGUGGAGAUACACGUGACUCCGCGAAUUCCUGGCUUCCAAAAUCCAAUCUCUCAAAGAAGGCUAAACUUGGAGAAACUCCAACAAAAUCCACUCCCCAGCAAAGCCUCGCUGAAUACCUGGCUGUCGCCUUUACGGAAGCAGCUGGCAAAGACACUGUGAAUGAUGAAUCUGGCACAUAAAGCUUUGUAAUGCUUGGAGUUUUUAGUUAUAAUCUCAUACUCCUGUAACUACUGCAAAUAGCAAGUUGAGCUGUAGUCUAAGACCAUAUUUCUGUACAGUUUCCUGCUCAUUUUAUGUUAUCAUCGACAGUAAGUUCCAGUCAUCGUUUCACUUGAAUCACUAUUGGAGCGCGGCAAUAUUGAACAGAUUUUAUGCACCCGGGUUUGUUUUGUAUAUGGAAUUGUGAAGUCAUCACCUACUUAACUCCCUAA